UCUCAAGUUGCUCUGAGAAGAAACGCCAUUUCAAGGUGUAGACAUGGCAGACUUUCUCCUUGAGAAUUAUCUUUGCUGCCAUGUGUGUUCUGAGAUUUAUACAGACCCUGUGUCUCUUAGUUGCCUCCACAAUUUUUGUUUCAGCUGUAUUUCCAAGUUCUGGGAUCAAACAAAAAAUAGUAACUGUCCAAUCUGUAAGAGAAAAUCUUCCAAAGGGUGGAUGCCUAACUUUGCUCUGAAGGACCUGGCAGACUCAUACACAAAGAGGGAGAAAAGGGUGUACGUCAUUGACUCAAUGACCGAUGAAAUGAUCGGGUCUACAGGCCGUGGGAAGGAAGAGAAGAGGGGGUCCACCAGCUCAGAGGAAGAAAUGAGGGGGUCCAAAGAUUUACGGAUGGAAGAAAAACGGGAGCCCAUAGAAUCAGGUGUGGGAAAAAAGGGGGGUUCCACAGGCUCAGGGAGGGAAGAAAUAAGGAGGUCCACAGAUUCAAGAACUGAAGAAAAGCAAGUUUUUCCUGGGCUGGCUGGACAGGUUUUGUGCAGUAAACAUGCAGAGAAGCAUAAGUGGUUUUGUAUGGACGAGGGGAAAGCUGUGUGUAACAUCUGUGAAAAUCCGACUCAACACUCUGGACACAAGGUCAUUGCUGUAGAAAAGGCUGUAGUUGACCUCAAGGAAAAGCUGAUGCUGAACUUGAAGCCUUUGCAGGACAAUCUGAAGAAAUGUACUGAGACUGAGAGAAAAUACAAGCAUAUUGUUCAACACACAAAGACACAGUUGGUGGACACUGAGAGGCAGAUAAAGGAGGCGUUUGAGAAGCUUCACCAGUUUCUGAGAGAUGAAGAGAAGGCCAGACUAGGUGAGCUGAGGAAGGAAGAGCAGCAGAAGAGAGAUACUAUGACCACAGAAAUGAAGAUCAUUCACGACCAAAUCUCAUCUCUUACAACGAGUAUCACUACUUUGGAGCAAGACUUAAAGAAGCAGGAUUUGCGCUUUCUGAAGAGCUACAAAAACAUCCAAAUGAGUUGUAGGGCCCAGCUGCAGUGCACACCACAAGAUCCUGCAAUAUUACCGGGAUUGCUCAUAGAUGUGGCCAAACACCUGGGUAACCUCAAGUUCAGAGUCUGGGAGAAGAUGCUGGUGAUUGCUAACCACACUCCUGUGAUUAUGGACCCCAACACUGCUCCCAGCUUUCUCACUUUGUCUGAUGAUCUGACCAGUGUGCGAAACUCAGGCAUGCAGCGGAUAAUGCCAGAUAAUCCAGAGCGAUGCACGUUUAACGCAAAAAUUUUGGGUUCUGAAGGGUUUACCUCAGGAAAGCACAGCUGGGAGGUGGAGGUGGGGAACCACCCCAGCUGGAAUUUGGGUGUGGCUAAAGAUUCAAUCAACAGAAAAGAUAGGACAUUCGCAAAUCCUAAAUAUGGAAUCUGGGCUAUAGGUUUAGAAAACAGUGAGUAUACAGAUCCAGAGGCUAGGCUUCUUGCUCUGAAGAGGAGACCCCAAAGGAUUAUUGUGCAACUAGAUUACAGAGGAGGGGAAUUGUCCUUCUAUGACUCCCGUGACAUGUCAAAAAUCUACACUCACAAAGACACAUUUAAUGAGAGACUCUUCCCAUACUUCUCCAUUGGAAAAUGUAAAGAUGCCAGUAAACCUGGAUUCCUCCAGAUCUGCCCCUCAAAGGUGUCUCUAAAAGUACUGUUAUCCUAAAUUUAACAAGGAAUAUUUCAUAGAUCAUAGCAUCAUAGAAAGCCUUUCUAGCGGGAUAUGGGUUGUCAUUCCUUGUAAAGACUGAAUAGAAAUGUUCAUGAAAGGUAGUAUUUCAUAUUUAGUAGAAAUUCAACAAAUACAUAAUUUAGAGUCAUUGAGGAAUAUAUCAUGAACAUGUGGAUAUUCAUACAUACAGAGUUGGUGUCAUUUUAGUAUGCUAAUUCAACUUUAAUGACAAUCUAAUCUACUUUAAUGACAAUCAAAGGGCAUGUUAUAAAACCCUUAAAUCAAUUAUUAAAAUGUAAUAUUUAAAUUGCUGUGGGUAAUGAUUGACUCUUGUACUCAGCUCGGCUUUUAGCUGUAAAGUUUUUGACACGUAGCGGUAAAGUUAUUGUAACCUUUUCUUGAUCCAAUUCUUCCUUGUGUUCUCAGAAAGGAGGAUGUAUACGCAAGGCAAUCGUAACACAUUUAUGAAAGCAAUCAUAAUAAAGCUUUGGGUUGAAAUAA